AUGCCAACUCGAGGGGCGGAGGCCGCGGAGGUGCGCGGGCGGCGCGGGCCUCGUGAGGCCUCCGCGCAGAAACCGGUGCUUGCUGCGUCCCUCGCGCUCUCUUCGUCUUCGUUGCCGCCGCCGCGCCAGCAGGAGCGAAGGCGCGACGGCGGCGCGGGCGCCGAGGCUUCAGAGCGGCGCCGCGACAUCCAGCGCGCCUUUGCGCUCUUCGACGGCGACCGCGACGGAUUCCUAGACCGACGCGAACUGAAGGCAGCGUGCAGAGCUCUCGGCGUCAACGGCGACGACUUAGUGAUUGACCGAUUUCUCAGCACGGCGACAUCGCGUGCGUCCGCCCAGCCUGCCUCUCCGUCGGCUGCCUCUCCCGUUUCCUCCUCUGCUUCCGCUGCGUCGCCGUUGAUAGAUCUGGAUGGAUUUCUUCAUCUCUGCGUGGGCGCGUGGCCGCAGCGCAGCACGAGCGAGGAACUGCGAGAAAUUUUCCGGCUCUUCGACGUGGAAAAGAAAGGUUACGUCACCGCGGCGGACGUGGCGCUCGCCGCACAGGCUGUCGGCAGCUCGCUCAGCAGCGAGGACGUCGACUUGAUGGUACGCGAGGCGGAUCGAGACGGCGACGGCCGACUGCUGUUUUCAGAUUUCGAGAGAGUGUUUCGGCGCAUCUCGGGUGGUGGCGCAGACGGGGCUGCACGCGUCCAAGAGAUCGAGCUGGACGACGAGGACGAUUUUUAG